AUGGGCUAUAAGGGGGUUGAACAUAACAUGAAAUCUGAACUCACUUGCAUGUCCUAUAAGUCAUUUCAUAGCUAUUAUAAUCGUAAUGAAUGGUGUCAAAUUGAAGUUUCUGGUUAUUCCAAUUCGGUAUACACUGGUAUUGGAAUGCGCCUUGUGUACGAGGAUGAUGUUAAAACCAGUGAUGGACCGCUUAUGAUACAAAAUAACACGAAAUAUGAUUAUGUAACACCGGAUGAUGAGUUAAUUCCUUUUUUGAUCAUAGAUUGGCAUGAAGCAAAGUUCAUCCAGAAAAUUGUUGAAGAUAUCAUUACUAAAUUGGGUUCGACAAGGUCAAUUGAUGAUCCAAAACUGGUUGGGAUAGAGCCUCGUAUGCAGAAACUGUAUCGAUUGAUAGGCUUGGAGUCUAAUGAGGUUCGCUUUGUUGGAAUACAUGGGAUGAGCGGGAUUGGAAAGACAACUAUUGCUAGAGCCCUUUAUGAUCAGAUCUCAAAAAAAUUCGAAGGUUGUAGUUUUAUUCAUGAAGUUAGAAGCGAGUCGGGCAAACAUGGUGUGGUGCACUUGCAACAGAAACUUCUAUCUCAGAUUCUUUCAGUAAAAGAUUUGAAAAUAGACAAUGUGUUUGAAGGAAAAGUGAUGAUACAGCAAAGGCUGCGUUGCAAAAGAGUGCUUAUUGUUCUUGAUGAUGUCGAUCACAGGGAUCAAUUGGAGACAUUGGUAGGAAACAGCGAUUGGUUUGGUGCUGGAAGUAGAAUCAUCAUAACAACCAAGGAUAAGCACUUGCUUAUUAGCCACAAAGUGAACAUUAUGAAAUACUAUAAAAUGAGUGUGCUAGAGGAAGCUGAAAGCUUUCAACUCUUUAGGCAGCAUGCAUUUAAUAAACAGCUGCAGUUGCUGCCUACCAAGGAAUUUGAGGAGGUCGAAGCUCAAGUGGUACAUUAUGCUGGAGGCCUUCCUUUGGCUCUUAAAGUUUUUGGCUCCCUCCUAUGCGGCAGAGAUAUUGAUGAAUGGAGAAGUGAAGUUGCCCGGCUUAAGGAAAUCCCAGAAGAUGAGAUUUUAGAGAAACUUAAAUUAAGUUUCAUUGGUCUCAACAAAAAUACACAAAGGGUUUUCUUAGACAUUGCAUGCUUCUUUAAUGGGAAGAAGAGAACAUCCAUAACAAGAAUACUUGAUAGUUUCAACUUCCACUCUGACAUCGGCAUAAACAUUCUCAGAGAAAAAUGUUUGAUAACUAUUUCAAAAGGUCGCAUUUUGAUGCACCAAUUAAUACAGGAAAUGGGGUGGUCUAUUGUUCGCCAAGAAGCUUCAGAUGAUCCAAAAAGAUAUAGCAGGUUGUGGCUACCUCAGGAUAUUUCGAAACUACUUACAGGAAGUGAGGGUACAGAAAACAUCCAAGGUAUAGCAUUCAACUUGCCAGUUGUAACAGAUGUGAAAGUUAGUAGUGAGGCCUUCACACACAUGACCAAGCUAAGACUUCUCAAAUUUCACAAUGUAAAUGCUUCUCAGGCUCCUAAUUUUCUUCCUGGCGAGUUAAGGUGGCUAGAUUGGCACGGAUAUCCUUCAAAAAGUUUGCCUGCUACUUUCCAGGGACAAAAACUUGUUUCUCUUAAAAUGCAAUAUAGCCGUGUCAUACAACUUUGGAAAGGAUUCAAGGUUUAUCUAUCUAACUAUUUAUUUGUUAUUUAUUUCACAGGAAUCCCAAAUCUUGAAACAUUGAUUCUAAAACAGUGUACAAGUUUGGUAGAGAUCCAUGCUUCUGUUGGAUUUCUGAAGAACCUUGUUUCACUUAUCCUUAAGGACUGUGUAAAUCUGAAGAGGCUUCCUGAAAGCAUUCAUUUCGAAAAGCUUGAGAUAAUGAUCCUUUCAGGCUGCUUCAAACUUGAAAAUUUUCCAAAAAUUGCAGGUCCCAUGGCUUGCUUGUUAGAAGUACAUGCUGAGGCUACUGCUAUAAGAGAAGUGCCAUCAUCUAUCGAGUGCCUCACAAACCUGAGGUUAAUAGAUGUAAGCAAUUGCAAGCAUCUUGUGAGCCUUCCAAGUAGCAUUUGUAGAUUGAAAGGUCUGAAAGCUGUGAUUCUCUCUAGUUGUUCCAAGUUUGAGAAAUUACCAGAUGAAUUGGGAGAAAUGGAAUGCUUAGAAGAGCUGUACUGUGACAAGACAGCGAUCCAAGAGCUACCAUCCUCCAUUUCACUUCUCAAGAAACUCAAGAUUUUAUCAUUUCGUGGAUGCAAAUCGACCUCUAGCUUUGAUUCUCCAUUACAAAAGAGUUGUUCGUUCUUCCUCUCUAGGCUGCUGCCAGCAGGAGGUUUUCAAGAUAUCAAGGCUUCACCGUUGCCUACUCUAUCUGGUUUAUCUUCACUGGAAAAGCUGGAUCUUAGUGAUUGUAGUAUGCUAGAUGGAGGCAUUAUUCUUGGUGAUCUUAGAGAGUUGCAGUGUUUGAAAGUAUUGAAUCUUAGCAACAACAAGUUCGAUUGUAUCCCAACUGAAUCCUUUGUCGGCCUCACUCGACUUAAGCAACUUCAUCUAGUGGGAUGUGGGAGGCUUGAAACUUUGCCAGAGCUUCCAUCUAGUAUAAUAGAGGUUUAUGCAGAUGAAUGCCCCAGCUUAGAAGGCCGCAGCAUAGAUUCAUUGACUAAAUACCCAAAGUUGGGUCAAGUUUCAUUCACUAAAUGUGAUCAACUACUUGAGGAUCCACGUUAUGGUCACAUAGUUGAUGCAAUAUGGCAACACCUGCUCAAGGGACUAUCAAAUAACCCAAAUCGUAGCAUUUGUGUCUACUUUCCAGGCAUGGUGUUUCCUGAGUGGUUUACGUAUAAGAACUGGGGAAAUUCACUAUCAGUUAGCCUGCCUCAAAAUUGGUACAAUAACAAAUUCAUGGGAUUUGCAUUCUGUGUGGUUUCUAACUUGAUAACUACUCCAACAAGUGGGAAAUCUUGCAGUAUAACUAAAAACUAUGGACUUAAUGUCAAAAUCAUUCCCACAGCUCGUGAUGGUCGUCAGUCAUCUUUUACAUCAACUAUGGGUACAGAGAAUAUGAAAUCUGAGCUGACUUGCCUGUCCUAUAAGUCAUUUCAUAGCUAUUAUAAUCAUAAUGAAUGGUGUCAAAUUGAAGUUUCUGGUUAUUCAGAUUCGGUAUACACUGGUAUUGGAAUGCGCCUUGUGUACGAGGAUGAUGUUAAAACCAGUGAUGUACCGCUGAUGAUACAAAAUAACAUUAUCUCCACCAAGUAUGAUGAUGUAGUAAGGAGUUAUGUUUCACACUUUUUUUUAAAACUUUCUUUCUAA